UCAUCAUUCAUCAAUCCUUCAUACCUUGUAACUAUAUCUACCAUUCAUACCAUCGUACAGACAUACAGUCACAGUCACAGUCUUACUACUAACCAGCCAACCAACUAACUAACUGUCGACGCCCAUCUAUUCAUAUUCUAACUUGAUCUUAUACCUUAUCAUCCAAUCUACCUUAUGAAUCAGUUAGUCCUAAUAUAAUAUAUCAUAUACCCAAAAAAAAACAUACACAUAUACAAUAUAGUCAUUCAAUUCAAUUGCAUUGCAUUUCUUACAUUCAUUAAAUGUCUCCUCAACCUCCUCAUAGCUCCAUCAUUACCACCUUAUCUUCAUAUACCACUCAAGAAGAUGAUCAUGAUGGUCAAAAUGAAGUUAUUAUCGUACCUUCUAAACCAAAUGAUUAUGAAGAUUUAUUUAAACGAUUAGAUAUUGAACAUAAUGGUGAAAUAACAUUAAAAGAUUUUAAACGGGCUUUAAAACAAUUAAAUCAUCCUAUAAGUGAAAAUCCUGAAAUGAUUCAAUUUAUUUUUAACUCAUUUGAUUCAAAUCAUGAUAAAAUUAUUGAUUUUAAUGAUUUUAAAUUAUAUCUUUCAAGUACUGAUGAUCAAAUUUUACAAGGUUUCAAUAAAAUUGAUCAAGAUAAUGAUGGAAAAUUAAAUAAAAGUGAUUUUAUUCAUUAUUUAAAAAAAUCGUUAAAUUUAUCUCCAUCAAAUUAUGAUAUUGAUUUAUUAUUUAAUCAAAUUGAUUAUAAAAAUGAUGGUUAUAUAACUUAUGAUGAAUUUAGAGAUUUCUUAUUAUUAAUGCCAAGAUUACAUGGUUCAAGAAUUAGAACUGCAUUUAAUUUCAUUGCUGAAGAAUUCGAUUUAUCUCCUGAUGGUGAAGUUACUUUAAUUAAUCAAUUUUUAAAUGGUUUUGGAUUCUUUUUAGCAGGUGGACUUUCUGGAGUAGUAUCAAGAACUUGUACAGCUCCAUUUGAUAGAAUUAAAGUAUUUUUAAUUGCUAGAACCGAUUUAUCUUCAACAAUUUUACAUUCAAGACAAGAAAUUGCAAAACAAAUUGAAAAUGGUGUAUCAGUAAAAUUAAUUGAAGAAGCAAGAGAAAGAUUAGCUCAUAUUGAAAAACAAGCAGCUCAUGAACAACAUAUUCAUAAUAAUAGUCCUCAUAAAACUAUUCGUUCUCCCAUAAUUCAAGCUGCUAGAACUUUAUAUAAACAAGGUGGUGUAAAAAGUUUUUAUGUAGGAAAUGGUUUAAAUGUUUUAAAAGUUUUCCCUGAAGCAGCUAUGAAAUUUGGUUCAUUUGAAGCUACAAAAAGAUUCUUAGCCAGAGUUGAAGGAGUUGAUGAUACUUCAAAAUUAUCCAAAUUAUCUAAUUAUUUAAGUGGUGGUAUUGGUGGGGUUUGUGCCCAAUUUACAACUUAUCCUAUUGAUACUUUAAAAUUUAGAGUUCAAUGUUCAAAUUUAGAUUCAUCUAUAAAAGGUAAUGAAUUAUUAUUAUUAACCGCCAAAGAAAUGUAUCAAAAAGGAGGGUUUAAAAUAUUUUAUCGUGGUUUAAGUGUUGGUUUAAGUGGUAUAUUUCCUUAUGCUGCUUUAGAUUUAGGUACUUUUACAACUAUAAAGAAUUAUUUAGUUAAACGAGAAAGUAAACUUUUAGGUAUAAGAGAAGAUGAAGUUAAAUUGUCAAGUUAUAUUGUUUUAUCAUUAGGAGCUUUAUCAGGAACAUUUGGUGCAACAUUAGUUUAUCCUAUAAAUUUAUUAAGAACAAGAUUACAAGCUCAAGGAACUUUUGCUCAUCCUUAUACUUAUAAUGGAUUUCAAGAUGUUUUAAAACAAACUAUUCAAAGAGAAGGUUUACCUGGUUUAUUUAAAGGUUUAGUUCCAAAUUUAGCUAAAGCUGCUCCUGCAAUUUCCAUAACUUAUUACAUGUAUGAAAAUUUAAAAAAUAUAUUUGGUUUAAAUUCAACUAGAAAUGUUUAAUUUAAGUUUUUUUUUCAUUACAUGUUAUGUUUUAUGUCAUUAUUAUUUAUUUAUAUA